AUGUUUUCCAAUAGAAAACUACUGAAAACAGGAACUUACCGCACUCGUGAUUCCAUAGCGAACUUUCAGUUCAGAGUUACCAUCCAGAAGAUACAUUCUCUGAUUGAUAUGCCAACUUUGGAAGGACUCAGCAUAGCAUUGCCAAAUGUUCUACCGGAGGAGUCUGGUUCAAUCGAGACACAAACUAUAAAGUGGCAGGAAAAAGUGUUCAGCCGUUACGAGAUCGAGUACUACACUAUGAAGGACAACUGCAAAUCCGAACGCCAGAAACAGUACUUUCAACGAUUGAAGGCUGAACCCCAAGAACCAGCAAUACUUUUCACAUAUGUCGAUGGUGAUAGCUACUACCCGGAGGAUUUGGACGAUGUCAACCAAAAGAAUGUGCCACGUGUUUUGGGAGCAAGCACCCAAUCAAUGUACCUAAUGGCAGACCUCGGCCAGGACGUACUUCUAUAUAGUCUGCACUGGCUUGAGGACGAUGGUGUCCUCCUGGUGUACCCGGAUUUUAACCGUUUUACCGUCAAUCCAUACUAUCAUGAGGCGCGAGGGUCAAAUUUGCAAAUGUACCAUUACGCGCUGGAGAAAACCGAUGCCGCCGACCGGCUGACUGAAAUUAAAUCAGAUAACAAUGUCAUCGUUGCCAGCAAAAGCAACUUGCAUCUUCCGUUUACUAGAGAACUCGGGUUCUCAAUGCCAAAAAAGCUGCAUCGUGACGUGUUCGUGUUGCUAGAAAUGCUGUACGCCAGCGAAUUCAAAUAUGAUGUAUUGCAUAUACGAUACAGAGUGAAACUGCCGGAUGGUGUGAAAAUGGCCGAACAAUACAGUUCUGAAGAGAUCAGCAGCACGCACAGUUCCAGAAAAACGAACAAUCGGUGGCAUUUUGGUCACUGUGUUGAGCUACAUUUAACGCUGCCCGAAUCUAGGGAGCCAUUGCUUCACGUAGUGGAUUUGUACUUAGAAGCCAUCUCCAUCGACAGCUGCUGUAGAGAACGAUAUCUUGGCCACUCGCACCUUCCACUACCUUUGGUACCGGGAGGUGGCGAAAAGACAUUAAACUUUAUACAACUUAUCAAAAACGACAUGUUCGCGGAUCGCUUGGAAGCCUUUCUCGUCGGAAACCGCCGGGCUGUGGAUCUUGUUUCUUUCUAUGGCAAGACCGGACAAAACAUACUGAAUCGAUAUGGAAACGAAACCAGCUCAUCUGGCAAACUACUUGUUCGAUAUCAUAUCAUCCGCCAGCAUCAGCCAAAGGUGUUGAAUGAGGGAUUUUAUAAGGCCACUCUUAAAUCAAAAAAUAUUACCCUCAACCAAUUGAUUGCCUCUUAUCACGCAGCUCGGGAGCGCCUAGAAGAAUUUGUAGAGUUAAAAUACUAA